CAACAUUUAACCCUCAAACUUCCAACGAGUUCUCAUAUAAACAACGCAAUUAUUUUCACCAAAAUUAUUAAAAUGAGCUCCAGAACAACACGCAAACGAAAAAUACAAACACCUACAACUGAUACCUUGCCAGAUAAACCAAAUAAAAUAGAUAAAUCUCUGCCUGAGACAAUUUAUCCUGAAGAAACAAGAGUAAGCAAAGACUUCUUCGACAAAUCAAGUUAUGACCUUGCCAGAGCACUCCUUGGUAAAAUAUUGGUUCACAAAGUUGAUGGAGAACUUGUGAAGUGUAUUAUUAUUGAAACAGAAUUAUAUCCUGGAGGUGAUGACAAAGCUUCUGUUUCCUACAAUAAUAGACGUACACCUGCAAAUGAACCAGUAUUUGGCCCACCAGGCACCACAUGGGUGUAUCUAACUUAUGGUAUGCAUCAUUGCAUCAACAUUUCGAGUGCAGAUCAUGGUGGCGCUGUACUUUUAAGAGCUGGAGAACCACUUGAUGGGCUUGAUAAAUUAAUGGAACUCAGAAUAAAAAAUAUGAAGAUGAGCAGAGAUCUGAAAAUUAAGGAUUUGUGCAAUGGCCCUGCAAAGUUGUAUGCCUGCAAAGCAAUGGGCAUUGACGAAACGUGGUUAUCCUUUGCGAGAUAG